UAUUUGUACAUGUCAAAUCGGAUUUCUUUGUUCAUCAUACAUUUUAUGAUUAUUCUUAGGUUACUGAAACUAUUGAAACUUUCAACCCUCAGAAGUGUUUGACUGUUCCUUUAAGGGGGUUUGUAGUGGUGAAUGGAGUGUCGGUUUACAUCUCAAACUCCUCCUUCAUUCUGAUGAGGGUGUUCCUUCCUUCUUCCAGCCCAGAGCGCUUCUAUCAUCCUGGGAUACAAAUGUUUCUUUAUCCGCACUCGCAGUCCAUCAUCGGAGUAGAUUUAUAAAAAUACGGCGAGAAAGUUUGCUCGCCUGUAAUAAAACCAUGGGGCUGACACGCCGUUACGCUUGACGCGGAGACAUUCAGCGUGUGGACGAGAAACUCUACACAGGACGGACUGAAACUUUUCUCGCCGUUGUUUUUCUCAACUUUUCGGUGCGCGACUUUCCGUCCCCCUCAGGACUAAUAGACGACUCCCAGCACACGAAUGGAUACCAAAUGAUGCCCGUGGACUGCUUUUGAUGUUUAUUUCGGCGUGGUUUAGUAGGAAGAGCGCAGCGCGCGCACACGGAGCGAAACAACUCCCGUAGACCCAAUCCGAUCAACCCACAGGCAGGCUUUCUGAUCCGAUCCGAUCCGAUCAUGGGAAAACUGGGAUUGCCUUGUUUCUUCUAACGUCACGUUUUUGAGAUUUGGGGUUAGUGCGGAUUACAGCGCCUGCCGAGAGAAGAAAGUUUCCUGCGUUUGUUUUCGAGCAGAAUUCGGAGCGUUUCGUUGCUUCCGACAUGCCUCAGUUAAACGGGGGAGGCGGCGAUGACCUGGGUGCGAACGAUGAACUUAUAUCCUUCAAAGAUGAAGGCGAGCAGGAGGAGAAAAUAUCCGAGAACGUGUCGUCGGAGAGAGAUCUAGACGACGUGAAAUCGUCUCUGGUAAACGAGUCCGAGAACAACAGCAGCUCGUCUGACUCAGAACAAACAGACAGGCGCCCUCAGCCCAGAUUCGACCUAGAAAGUUACGAGAAACAGAGAGAAUACUUUGCGGAAGCUCUGCGGCGACAGCAAGAUGGAGGAUUUUUCAAGGGACCCCACUACGCAGGCUAUCCGUUCAUCGUGUUCCCGGAUCUCACGAGUCCAUACCUCUCCAACGGGUCUCUGUCUCCCAGCGCACGGACGUAUCUACCAAUGAAAUGGCCCCUGCUUGACGUUCCUGGGACGGCGACCCUCAAAGACUCCAGAUCAGCCACACCAGGGCACUUAUCUAACAAGGUGCCGGUGGUUCAACACUCACAUCACGUCCACCCGCUCACGCCUCUGAUCACCUACAGCAAUGAACACUUCUCUCCCGGGACGCCCCCGUCUCACCUAUCGCCGGAUAUUCUCGACCCAAAGACAGGUAUACCAAGAACCCCUCACCCAUCAGAGCUGUCUCCGUAUUACCCUCUAUCUCCUGGGGCAGUCGGGCAGAUCCCUCACCCUCUAGGAUGGCUGGUCCCUCAGCAAAGCCAGCACAUGUACUCCAUCCCUCCCGGGGGCUUCAGGCAUCCCUACCCCGCGCUGGCCAUGAACCCCUCCAUGUCUAGUCUGGUAUCCAGUCGUUUCUCUCCUCACAUGGUGCCUCAUCCGACUCACAGCCUGCACCAGACGGGCAUCCCUCACCCUGCCAUUGUGUCUCCUGGCAUCAAACAGGAGCCCGGUGGCGACAAUGCCAGCAACCUGACACACGGGAAAUCCUCAGUGCCUGCGAAGAAAGAGGAGGAGAGGAAGCCUCACAUCAAGAAACCUCUCAAUGCUUUCAUGUUGUAUAUGAAGGAGAUGAGGGCCAAAGUGGUCGCGGAAUGCACCCUGAAAGAAAGCGCCGCAAUAAACCAGAUCCUGGGCAGAAGGUGGCAUUCGCUUUCACGCGAGGAACAGGCUAAGUACUACGAGCUGGCCAGGAAAGAACGGCAGCUGCACUCUCAGCUUUAUCCCGGCUGGUCUGCGCGUGAUAACUACGGAAAGAGGAAGAAGAGGAAAAGAGAAAAUAAACCCGACUCCGCACCAGAGAGUUUCUCGCCCCAGCACAAGAAGCAGUGCAUGCCGUACCUGCCGUCAGAGAAAAUGUGUGACAGCCCUACCUCCUCUCACGGCAGCAUGCUGGAUUCGCCUGCCACACCUUCCGCCGCCCUGGCGUCUCCGGCGGCCCCUGCCGCCACUCACUCGGAGCAGGCUCAGCCCCUGUCGCUCACCACCAAACCGGAGGGACGAGCGCACCACCCGCACUUCCCCCUGCCAGGGAGAGCCUCGGGUUCCAGUUCCUCCUCCUCCACCCCGUCUCCUUCAUCCCAUCCCAGCAUCUCUCUCCACAGCCAGUCGGCAGCCCUCCUCUCUCGCCCCAUCCCCUUCACCACUCUGCCCCCGUCUCUGCUCUCCCCGUCCUCACCUUUCCACCAGCCAGCUCUACAUUCCCAUCAUGCCUUGCUGCAGACACAACCUCUCUCCCUGGUCACCAAACCAGUGGAGUGAAUGGAAAACCAAUGUCAAGGAGAAACUUUUUACAGCUGUAUAUUGCCUUUUUUACCUUUUUAUAGAUAUUAGACCACGUUUUUAUGAUAGAAUGAAAAGGAGUAAUUAUUGGUCAAUAUUUGACCACCCCUCUAUUUUGCUUCGUCUCUUUGAAACAAAAAUGUAUUUUUUGUAAAUUGCCUCACGGUUGCCUUUUCCGACGUGAUUCUCCAAUGUUUCUACUUGUAUAAAAGACAUAUGUAUAAAGGUUUCUCUUCCCUUUUUUUUUUUUUUAAAGACGAACUCGACAAAAUGCAAUUUGUAGUUUAAGUUCAAUUCGAUCUUACGGUAGUUAGGAGUUUGAUUUUCAUUACUUCUUUCUUUUUUUGUCCUUUCUUUUUGGUAUCACCUCACCCAUUUCCUAACCCCGUGUGUGUGACUCUCCUAAGACUCCAUAGCUAAUAAACCUCAAGUUAUUUCUAAA